ACAGCCCACCCCAGCUGCAUAUCCCAUCGAAUCGGGUUUUAUUUUAGACCGGCAUGUACCGGUCUGAGCCGAAAUUCCAAAGCUUUCGUCAUUAACCAGCCUGUACAAACCCAUAAAAAAAUUUGCCGGCCACCCUUCCUCUCCUCUUACAGCUUUGAAAAAAAACCCUGCUUCGUAGCUUUUAACGAAAAAUACUGUACGAGAGUACUGAGAGAGCUAAAACAAAAGUAGAGUUGCCCUGUCUCCUGUGCUGUGGUAAUAAUAAUAAUGGAGAAAGGAGUAAAAAGAUGGUUGGUGGACACAUCAAAGUGGAACCCAACUCCCCAUGACUUCUCCUCAGCUCUCUCUGCUCUUCCUCAGCAUGAACGUUCUUCUAUCACCAGGUUUUUAAGGAUGGGAGAUAGAAAACAGGCGCUUGUGAGCCGGUUGCUUCAAUAUGCACUUAUACAUGAAGUUUUAGGAAUUCCAUACAAUCAGAUUGUCAUAAAACGCACAUUCGAAGGGAAACCCUAUCUGGAAUGUAGUAAAGUAGGCGUGGAGUUUCCCAAUUUUAAUUUCAAUGUAUCCCACCACGGUGACUAUGUGGCAAUAGCAUCUGAACCUCUGUGCCUUGUGGGGGUGGAUGUUGUUUGUUGUAUCAAACCCGAGAAAGAGUCGGUUCCAGAAUUUAUUGAAAACUUUUCUUCAUACUUUUCAAGUUUGGAAUGGGAUAAUAUAAUCAAUACUGGAACCUCUGAUGAGAUUUUGGUGGAUUUUUACAGAUACUGGUGUCUGAAAGAAGCAUUUGUCAAAGCUGUAGGGAAUGGACUGGCAUAUGGGGUGGACAAAGUAGAAUUUCAUCACACCAACUGGACCAACAUAUCUGUUAAAGUGGAUGGGGAGCCAUUGACAGAGUGGAGAUUUUGGCUUUUCAAGCUGCCAGAAAGACAUUGGGUGGCAGUUGCUAGGGGUCAUCCAAGAUUUGCUACAGAAAAUUACAAGAGGACAAUAAGCAAAGCAGAGUUUGAUGCAGAGGAGUAUCACAGGGGUCUUAAUCUUCCAAAUGUAGCAUUUGUCACUCGAAUCAUAGAACAGCUCAUCCCCGUUUCACAUGGUGAAGAAAGGCUAACUAAGCAGGACAUAUGCUCAGAUUGUCUCCAUCUUUCAUCGAGGGAGGCUUGAUUCCAAGUCCUAACAAAUCAUGUGUGAACAACUUAAUGAAAACCUCGUUGAUGCAUCCAACGACUGUGAUCGAUCCUGCAGCAGGCCCAGUUGUAUUUUCAUGUAAAAACUCGAGUCUGACUGGAUAUUUGCAUUAAUGAUGAAUCUCAAAUAAACCAAGGCUAUAUAGAAUAAUUUAUUACAGGAUAAA